AUGGCUGGAUGGAACCAACUACCGGCUCUAAAGAGUUGGAUGUUCCACGUAGAGUUCAUUGGCCUCCGCAGGGAAGGAACCGCCGAAUUUUACACAUAUCAGGUUCUCUGGAGCAUACCCACACCGGCGUACCCGGAGCCAUAUGUGACCGUCAGCGUGUUCUUCUACAUCGUGGCGAGUCGCGUGCAGCCGCCGUACUUUCCAGUCGACGUUACAACUUCGUAACAGGUCUCGUACGUCUUCGAAGGUCAUCGGUUUGCCCAUCGGUUGGACAUGAUGUUUAGACCGAAAUGGCUCUACGACAUUCUCGACAUGAAGACCAUAUUGUUCAAGACUUUCACGUUUUGA